GGUAAACAGCGUGGAGGGAAGACUGUGUUUACUUUACUUUCCAGUGUUCUCCUGUGCAAGGAGAUUGGUAGGUUGUGUGUGUUGUUCGCUGUUUAAACGGUCUGGGAAGGAAAUGGCGAGGAAUUCUUACCAUUCCCGCGUCAGAGUGGGAAAUUGGUACGAAAACAGACUUAUGGAAGAGGAUCUCAGGAAAGCGGCUGAGAGAAGUCGAACCGCCGAGAAAAGCUUUCAGGAACUGAGUGCAGCCCUCUUAGAAGAGGGCGAUGUCUCCGUGUGUCCGGACGGCUUACUUCACUAUGGAGACACUGUUAUCAUCCACUCACCUGUUGUACAGCCACAUAAAGGUGCCCCAAGGGCGUCAUUCCCCUGCACGCUUUCGGCGACGCCCUCCAGGUACGAACUCGUCCACAACGCGUAUGAGGACGUGUCCCUGACCGCGAGUCCGGAACACCAUCAACCCGUCCUCAAGAACGUCUUCACCAUCACUCCACGUUCCCGAAACUACGAGCUGGGAAGCGUCCUGUGCUACGGCGACCCCUUCGACCUGACCCACGUCGCCGUCAACGGGCGACGCCUCUACGUCACGUCUCCGGUGGGUUCCGCCCUGCAUUCCGCACGGGAGAGCCGCCGUCAGGAGGUGCUCUUGAGGACGGACUCCAGCUCCCAUUCCGCCUGGAGGCUCCAGCCUCACGAGCCUUCGCUCAGGCUCACUUACGAAGGACAGCCCGUUGAGGUUGGUGCUCGUAUACAACUCAUCCAGACGAUGACGAACCAACCCAUGGUCAUUGAAGAAGAGUUCUCCACCAACACAAUCUUUGGAGUGGAGCAAGAAGUGAGCGUGGGCGUCGUUAACCGAGCCACGACUCGCGCCGCCUCCACCCUGGCCCUCCUGACGUGGACGAGGAGGAGCCCCCCGCCCCCGCCUCCGCAGGAGCUCCAGCAGGAGGGCGAGCGCGUCUGGCACGGAGAAAAAGACGCGGAGGAGGACGAAGAGGAGAAGGAGAAGAAACGAGAGGAAGAGGAGGAGGAGGAUGAGAGACCUAGGGAGGUCGAGGGUGACAUUGACGAUGACGCCGAGGGCAUCAAGUUGGCCCUCGAGGCAGAGGACGACGAUGACGUGUCGCUCACGGACGAGAAGGAGUAGGCUGAAGGCUCGUUGGCUGAGAGAGAGAGAGAGAGAGAGAGAGAGAGAGAGAGAGAGAGAGAGAGAAUGAGGAAGAGAAAGAGAGUGGUAAAGAAAGAGUGAACCAGUUUAAAUUAUAAAUAAACUAGAGAGAGAGAGAGAGAGAGAGAGAGAGAGAGAGAGAGAGGAUGAAUUAAUGAGAAAGAAUGAGAGAAGCAGAGAGUUAAAGUAUAAAUACCAGAGAGAGAUAGGGAGCAAAAUGGAGAGUUAAAAAAGAAUGAGAGAACCAGAGAAGUAAAGUAUAAAUGGACGAAGGAGCUAGUGAUUUGGAGAGAACCACAUAGGGCUAAAGAGCCAGAGGUUUCUUAGAGAGCCACGAAGGAUUAAAAGAGCCAGGCAGGUUGAAGGAGCCCUAGUAUUUACUUGUAUUCUAUUUGCAUAUUUAACCAAAUCUUUGGAUCUAUGUAUAUUUAUGAGAGAGAGAGAGAGAGAGAGAGAGAGAGAGAGAGAGAGAGAGAGAGAGAGAGAGAGAGAGAGAGAGAGAGAGAUUCUCACGACUCAGUUCAUUUGGGUCAAUACUAAUAAUUAAUUAACUGCUUUCUUCAAUGAUUACUGUACAGUAUUCCCAAGUGUUAAAUUUGCCUUUUACCAGAAACUUUUAACUGUCAAAUUCUUAGAUAUUAUUAUCAUAACUACUUUUAAUGGCUUGUGAUACAUAUAAGUAUUAAUUGUAAGUACAAAUACUGAAUAUAAUCUCUUUGUUUACCUGUUUAUCCAGAAUGUAUAACGAAUGUUAAGGUUUUCAUUGAAAAAUAGACGAAUGAACAAAACUU